AUUAUUGAGUUCAUAAUUGAAGAUUUCAGACAAUUUAAUAUUUUAGAGAAUAUUAUAGUGAAAGACUUUAAUUUUAAUAUACUCAUUUAGAGGAUUAGAGGUUUUAUAGAGGUUUUAGAUUUGAGAAGAGGUGGAUUGGAAAUGUUAUCCAAAACAAUGUAGGAAAAAAUGGCAUCUUAUCAACGAAUCAUCAUCUCAUCUCACCGGCGGACCACAUAAAGAGCAGAACAACUUUGGCUUAUCAACAAAACUAAAAUCAACCCAUUUUUUGUCUCUUCCCAGUUGGUGGCAGCCGGGAGGGCGAGAAUGGCUCUCCUUCUCUUCAAUCCCUUUACCUCCAUCUCUUCUUCUUCAUGUACUUCUCUAGCAACAACCAUGGUCGUCACCACUUCUCCAAUUUCCCAGUUGCACAAUCACACCAUUGACGUGCACCUGAAAUCUUUUAAUCGGAUACGAACUUAUGUGCCCCUUAUCGGCAAAGAAAGAUCUCAGAUGAUUGCUAAGGCUUCUUCUGACAUUAACGAAAUUGGUAUUGAUGGUGGCGACGCUUCAUCAGAAAGCGAAGAAGAGGUUCUGCCGGUUGACAAACUACCAUUGGAGUCGAAGCUGCAGCAGAGGCUUGAGCAGAAGAUGAGGAUGAAAAUUGCAAAGAAAAUAAGGCUUAGAAGAAAACGGCUUCUCAGGAAGCGGCGGAUGAGGAAGAAGGGUAGAUGGCCUCCUUCAAAGAUGAAGAAGAAUAAGAAUGUGUGACCUUUACCUAGAGUCCUCUUGCAGGUUUAGUGCUGACCCUUCUGCUUCUUCUACAAUUUCAAAUUGGUUUCUGGAAGUGUGAAUUUGUCAAUAUCUGACUGUAUCAAUUCACAAAGAUUCUAGGGGAUAUACUACUCAGUGUUUUUUUUUUUUUGGUUAAAUUUUAAAUAAAAAAGUACUACUUCCUAGUUUCGCUUGGAA